AUGACGACGGGUCACAUUUACGGAUGGGUUAGGGAUCACAGAGUACACCAUAAAUUUACUGACACUGAUGCAGAUCCAUAUAAUGCACGUAAAGGAUUCUUUUUUUCCCAUAUUGGUUGGGUUUUGGUUCAUAAACAUCCAGACGUCAUCAGCAAGGGUGCUAGUAUCGACUUGAGUGAUCUUAAACAAGAUUGCCUUGUGGUCUUUCAGAGAAAAUGGUACCAAUAUUUGAUGUUAUUUUGCUGCUUUAUCAUACCGACAUUAAUACCUUGGUGGGUAUGGAGUGAGAAUCUGUGGUGUGCGUGGCAUCUUAACAUGACUAGAUGUGUCAUAAAUUUACACACAAUAUUAUCAAUAAAUUCCGCAGCUCACAUGUGGGGUGUGAAACCAUAUGAUAAAUCAAUUAGCCCCACCGAAAAUGCAGUUGUCUCUUUUAUAUCGUGUGGCGAAGGCUGGCACAAUUAUCAUCACGUUUUCCCUUGGGAUUACAAAGCGGCGGAACUUGGAAAUUAUAAGCUCAAUAUUGCUACAGCUUUUAUUGAUUUUUUUGCUUAUCUAGGUUUAGCUUAUGAUUUAAAAACUGCAUCUGUUAAAAUUGUGAAAAAAUUGUGCUCUUUAAAACAGCGAAAUAAAUUAAAAUAAAUAAAAAAUUUAUGUGUUACAUGUAAUUCUUAAUGCGAUUUAGUUGUAAGUUC